CUCUGAACUUAAAGAUUAUUGCGGAAGAAUAGGAAACGUUAACAAAAACAUGGGUAAAGAAGUGCUAUUUGGGAGAAGGCUUAUACACCCUCGUUAUGAUCCAGAAACUUAUCACGAUGAUAUUGCGCUUCUGAUUCUUAGAUUCCGUAUUAACGAUAUACCUCCGAUUGCUUUAGUUGGAAAAAACUUAAAAUUUACUAAAGGCUACGCCACGUUUGUUGGUUGGGGAAAAAUUGGUUUCAGAGAAGAUGAUGACACAGACGUUCUUCAAGUAGCGAAAGUAAAGUUAGUGGAUCCAAAAUACGUGGCUCGUAAAUUUGACAUCAAUUUAACUUACAAAGAAAUUAUAUCAAUGUCAGCUACAGUAAAAGCCAUGGAAGGAGAUUCUGGCUCACCACUGAUCCUCACAGAUGUGUUAAAAAGGCAAAUGCUUAUUGGCAUUUUGGCUCGAGGCGGCAAUAAUACUAAAGAACCAGAUAUUUACAUGUCAACCAGUGUUUACCAUGAUUUUAUAAAAACUCACAGCGUCGGGCGUCUCACAUACUUAGAG